GACACACAUGUAUACAUUUUGUAGCUGUAUUUAGGGGGAGUGACAACAGUCCGUCGCCUGACUUUAUCACUUUCCCAGUAUCUGGACAGAAUGAUAUGUGUUACUGACAAUGGUUCAGAUUGUUCCUGGUCAGGAUGUGAUAGAAGGAUUAGAAGUUCAUAAGGAUUAAAGGUCUAAAGGUCCACUGUUGAUUUGUGUAUGACAGGAGGUGAUCGUAGAAGUUACAAGUCCACUGUUUGAGUUGUGGGGUGUGUUUCUGACAGAGACAGGAUACGUCUUGCGUGUGGUACAUCAGAUUACUAGAGGAGGUUCACUACAACAGGAGAUUCAUUCAAUUGUGAUGAAGUUCUAAAACAUCUGAUUUACAACUAUAACCCACAGCAAAACUUGUUUGAAGAUCUGUUGUUUUUUUUCUCUCAGUAAAGUUCAGCACUUUCAGAAAAUCUACAAAGUUGAUGUGGAGGUUUGGAGACAUGGACUAAGUUUCAGUGUAUAGAACUGUGAGAAAAGCCCAAUAUGGAAAAGUGUGGAGAAAACGCGUCCAGUUAUGACUGUAUGAUCAGUUAUUACUGUAGUCAUACUGUCAGGGAAUAGGAAUCCGUUCAACAAGAGACAGAGAUCAGUGAACCUCUGAUAUAAGGGUAUAAGGAUAGAAAUUAUUCUAUUACCAUAUCUGGAGCCAGCCUGAAUUAGCAUUGCUGGGGGCCUUGUGGAAGGAGUCUUGUGUGAGACACUGGAAUGUAUAGGAACUGUGUCGAAUAUCUUCUCCAUACUACGCAACACGAUAGUCUGGAUACAAAUUUUGUAAACCUGACAGUUUGUCAGAUGUUCUAUGUGACUUUGUACAAGUGUUCAUUGUGAUUUAAUGUCAUACAGACACCAGAAAGUUAUGUAUCAGUGAAAGACUGUUGUCCAUCACUUGAGUGCUGUCUGAUAGAUCGCCAUGUCUUCUGGUGAAGAAUCCAGUCCAACACCAUCCCGACCGCCACGCCCCAAGAAGCCCCCACCACCGGGGUCCACAAAGCAGGCUCCCAAGCUGCCAGAGAAGGCCCCAGUGUCAGAUACAGCCAAACAUGACAAACAUGACAAGCCACUUCCACCAGAGCCUGCUGCAGACAAAGCCAAGAAAAAGGAGGAACAGACAGACAAACACCAUCCACCAGCCAUAUCCAGUAAAAAGCCAAGUGUUCCACCUCCAGUGGGGCGCAAACCCAUGCAGUCCAAGCCAAUGGCCCCAGAGCCCAAGGCCCAGCGAGAAGAGCCCAAGGCCACUCCCAGCAAGGUGGAGAAGACAGAGACCCCUGGUGACACAUUUGAUAACAUGGAAACAUCUGACCGGUUGACCCACCUGACUGCCAGCAGAGCCAAAGGUCCAAGCAAGCGACCGCCAUCACAAGUAAUGUUCCACAACAGGCAAAAAAUCAACAUGCGUUUUUGGCAGCAGGACGAACCAAAGGUUAAUGGAGACAUACCGCCUGUGAAGGAGGUGAAGGAAGUGAAGGAGGUGAAGGAGCCCCCAAAACGUCCCCCACUCACACGCGAGAUGAGGGAGGAGUCGCCACCUGCCAAGCCCCAGCAUGCCCCAGCCAGGCCUCCUGACCCCAACCCAGGGAACGCCAUGCUGCUGUCUGCCAUAGAAGAACUCAAGAAGGAAAUGCGAGAGUUACGGGCAACAUGUGCUUCUAAAUCAGCAAUUGAUGAACUGCGCAGCGAAAAUGAGAAAUUACGAAUGGAAGUUGAACACAUGCGAAGUAAACAAUCGCGACAGAUAAAAGACUUAAUGGCAGAGGUGGACGAAGAGAAAAAGAUUCGACUAAACACACAAGUGGAGGUUGAACGAAUCCGCAAACUUCUCACUGAGUCACAUGUGUGAUUAUGUCGGUGUUCUAUUCAUAUUCUCAGGAGCUAAGCAUGCAAGGAUAGAUGUGUAUAGGCCAGUCAUCAGACAUCACAGUGCUACACAUAGUCUUACACAGAUCAGCAAGUCUUACCUGUUCUCGAAAGAUAGUGGAUUUAAUUAAUUUUGUACAUAACGCCAAUUCAUGUUGAUAUUAUGUACAGAUAAUUCACGUUUUCUGUUUGUGAUUCAUAUUUAGCAAAAUGUAUCUAACGAAACAGUGAGUUUUUGUAUGAAAUACAUGCUUUGUGAAUUGGCUCAUCCUCUUGGACCUCACAUUAAAUUUGACCUGUAUGCAGGUGUUGGGUACUCAUCAUUAGAGCUGGCAACUCAUCUAGGACCGAGGAGUUGCCAACUCUCCCUCACUCACAUGGUACUGUCUGUGAGGACCACUGUGAGGAUAGGUGUGACCAAGAGACACGGGUAGACUGAUCCUUAUUAGGUCUGGUUGUAUCAAAAUGUGCUUCAUAAAACUUUAAAAUGAUAACCAGGUCACAACUGUGUUAACCUGUUAAUGUAUACCUGGUCAUAACUGUGUUAACCUGUUAAUGUUACAGUAUACCAGGUCAUAACUGUGUUAACCUGUUAAUGUUACAGUAUACCAGGUCAUAACUGUGUUAACCUGUUAAUGUUACAGUAUACCAGGUCAUAACUGUGUUAACCUGUUAAUGUUACAGUAUACCAGGUCAUAACUGUGUUAACCUGUUAAUGUUACAGUAUACCAGGUCAUAACUGUGUUAACCUGUUAAUGUUACAGUAUACCAGGUCAUAACUGUGUUAACCUGUUAAUGUUACAGUAUACCAGGUCAUAACUGUGUUAACCUGUUAAUGUUACAGUAUACCAGGUCAUAACUGUGUUAACCUGUUAAUGUUACAGUAUACCAGGUCAUAACUGUGUUAACCUGUUAAUGUUACAGUAUACCAGGUCAUAACUGUGUUAACCUGUUAAUGUUACAGUAUACCAGGUCAUAACUGUGUUAACCUGUUAAUGUUACAGUAUACCAGGUCAUAACUGUGUUAACCUGUUAAUGUUACAGUAUACCAGGUCAUAACUGUGUUAACCUGUUAAUGUUACAGUAUACCAGGUCAUAACUGUGUUAACCUGUUAAUGUUACAGUAUACCAGGUCAUAACUGUGUUAACCUGUUAAUGUUACAGUAUACCAGGUCAUAACUGUGUUAACCUGUUAAUGUUACAGUAUACCAGGUCAUAACUGUGUUAACCUGUUAAUGUUACAGUAUACCAGGUCAUAACUGUGUUAACCUGUUAAUGUUACAGUAUACCAGGUCAUAACUGUGUUAACCUGUUAAUGUUACAGUAUACCAGGUCAUAACUGUGUUAACCUGUUAAUGUUACAGUAUACCAGGUCAUAACUGUGUUAACCUGUUAAUGUUACAGUAUACCAGGUCAUAACUGUGUUAACCUGUUAAUGUUACAGUAUACCAGGUCAUAACUGUGUUAACCUGUUAAUGUUACAGUAUACCAGGUCAUAACUGUGUUAACCUGUUAAUGUUACAGUAUACCAGGUCAUAACUGUGUUAACCUGUUAAUGUUACAGUAUACCAGGUCAUAACUGUGUUAACCUGUUAAUGUUACAGUAUACCAGGUCAUAAUUGUGUUAACCUGUUAAUGUUACAGUAUACCAGGUCAUAACUGUGUUAACCUGUUAAUGUAUACCAGGUCAUAACUGUGUUAACCUGUUUAUGUAUACCAGGUCAUAAAUGUGUUAACCUGUUAAUGUUACUGUAUACCAAUACACCAGGGGAUUGA